GAAAUAUUUGUUGUCUGCUGCACUAAAAGGUCAACGAAGGAGUUGGCUCGGAAAUAUGUGUAGAUGGUUUGUUUUUCGGACAUGCGCAGAGCGGAGAUGCCAUAUUGGAAGAGGAGCAGCUGAAAGACGGCGCUCGGUUCACGCGGACGGAGAGAAAAAAACACGGAGGUCUCGAGGAAGCAGAGGGGCAUCAAGAAAAGAAACACAAUGAGGGAGUAAGGCCCCAGGGGUCAAAGGUUAAGGUUCAGUAGGAAGCGCAGGAUGCAGUCUUGCAGCCAGGAGCAGCCAUUGGCCCUCGCUGCAGUAAGGUCACACAAUCCGACCAAUGGGAAAGAAGAGGAGGUGAAAUCAGAUGCAGAAUCCAUGGAGGAAGAAGCUGAGUUUAACUGGGAGGAGUUCAUGGAGGAGACGGGGGCAAUCGCAGCUUCUCACACCUCCUUCAAACACGUGGAGAUCAGCCUGCAGAGCAGCUUCCAGCCGGGUAUGAAGCUGGAAGUGGCCAAUAAGAGCAGCCCAGACUCCUUCUGGGUGGCCACCGUCAUCACCACAUGCGGUCAGCUCCUGCUGCUGCGCUACAGCGGCUACGGCGACGACCGCAAGGCCGACUUUUGGUGUGAUGUGAUGACGGCCGAGCUGCACCCUGUCGGCUGGUGCGCUCAGAACAACAAGACGCUCAUGCCUCCUGAAGAUAACAUUUCCCUAAGAAAAGCCAUCAAAGAAAAAUACCAAGACUGGACCGAGUUCCUGGUUCAGGAUCUGACUGGCUCCAGGACGGCACCGGCCAACCUGCUUGAAGGGCCUCUCAGGGGGAAGAACACGGUGGACGUGAUCGCUGAAGGCUCAGUGUUGGAGCUCCAGGACGUCAGGGAUCCUUUCAUUUACUGGCCCGUCCGUGUCAUCCAGAACAUCGGAGGGCGGCUUCGCCUGCGCUAUGCCGGCCUCUCUGACCAGGACCAGGUCCAGGUCCAGGACACUUGGCUGUUUUACCUGGAUGUGAGACUCCGGCCCCUCGGUUGGGCCCUGGAGAACCACCUUGCCUUAGAACCGCCCACAGCACUUGUGUCCUUGAAGAAUGCCCCCGACUGCCAGCAGGCUCUGGAAGACGCUCGUGUGGAUGGACAGAAGAGUCCACUGCCACUCGAAGUGUUUAAGGACCAUGUGGACCUGCCCGAGCACUCCUUCAGGACAGGGAUGAAGCUGAGCUGAUUUCUCAAGUGGGAGCAGCUCAGGAUCUGCCCCGUUUCUGUCACCAAGGUCUACAGCGAGCUCUAUUUCCAGGUCUCAGUGGACAACCUCUCCGUGGACACCAAACCGCAGUCUGUAGUGUGUCACGCCAACUCAGCAGGAAUCCUGCCCGUCCAGUGGUGUCUGAAGAACGGCGUUGGCCUGGAGCGGCCCCGUGGAUACGAGGGCCUGGACUUUGACUGGGCCGACUACCUGAAGCAGAGCGGGACUGAAGCUGCACCAGACGCUUGCUUCCCCAACACGUGGCAGAACAGAGGCUUCGCUGAGGACAUGUGGCUGGAGGCGGUGAACCCUCAACGCCCGGCCCAGGUGUGCGUGGCUCAGAUCACACGGGUCAGGGGAAGACUGCUGUGGCUCCGACUGGAAGGUGUGGUGAAGCCGCUCUCAGAGUGCAUCGUGGACGCCGAGUCCAUGGACAUUUUCCCAGUGGGCUGGUGUGAGGCCAACGCUUACCCUCUGACGUCUCCACUCAAACCUGUCUGCCAGAAGCAGAAGAAGAUCGCCGUGGUCCAACCAGAAAGCAGGGUUGGUCCUUCCCAGCCAGCAGAGGUGACUCCUGUCAGCCACAUCCAGCCUCUUCCUGUGGAUUCAGGCUCAGCCAACAGCAGGUACAGCUGCUCCAAGAUCUUUGUCAACCACCGUUGUUUCUCAGGACCGUACCUCAACAAGGGGCGCAUAGCCGAGCUGCCACAGGCCAUUGGACCCGGAAAAUGUGUGCUCGUCGUCAAAGAGAUGCUGAGCAUGCUGAUCAAUGCCGCUUACAAGCCCGGACGAGUCCUGAAGGAGCUGCAGGAGCUGGAGGACCAGAGCUGGGACUGCCAGGAGGAAACCCUCAAAGCCAAAUACAAAGGGAAAACCUACCGCUCCACCAUCCGAAUCGUCCGCUUUGCAGACCAAAUCCCAGACUUCUGCCACAAGAUUUGUGUCAAGCUUCAAUGCUGCCCCAACCUCCUCAGCCCCGCUCUCAUCACAGACAAGUGCCCGGAGAACUGCUCCAUACAGACCAAAACCAAGUACACUUGUUACUAUGGGAAGAAGAGGAAGUUGUCCAAGCCGACGGCAGAAGAGGACGCCGCAGAGGGAGAGCUGGCCAAGCCAACACGCCGCAGGAAGAAGAGAAAAGCCAUCUUUGUGCAGAAGAAACGCCGCUCCUCCACCAUGGACUACACCCACGCUGGCUCGCCACAGGACAGCGAUGAAGCAGAGGUCAUGUUGCAGUCUAGCAGCGAGGACGGCAGCAGCUCAGAGCCACGAGAUGACCCACCAGAAGAGGUGACCAGUAGCCGUCCACGCCGUGCUGUAAGGCUGCGCAGGGCAGCCAGCAUGGGCGCUGCAACAGCCAGCCGGGUGGGUCUCGAGGGCCGCAGGAGGACAACUCGGUCUCUGUCAGCCUACAAGCAGGACGCUGACUACCAGCCGCCCAACCGACAGGAUGAGGAGGCUGAGGGAGAGGAGGGUCAGCUGGUUCUGGACAGGAACCCUCUGGAGUGGAGUGUCGAAGAAGUUGUCCAGUUCAUCAGUUCGACGGACUGUGUGUCGAUGGCCAGCAUCUUCCAGGAGCAGGACAUUGACGGUCAGGCUCUACUGCUGCUGACUCUUCCCACUGUGCAGGAGUGUAUGGACCUGAAGCUCGGACCCGCCAUAAAACUGUGCCACCAAAUUGAGCGCGUCAAGGUCGCCUUUUACAGACAGUUUGCUAACUGACAUUGGCACACGCACAGGAAGUGAAGUCCACUCAGUCCAGAGAGACGGACAGAUGGAAAACGCUGCAUCCUGAUAGAAGACUGGUUUGGGAAGUUCUGAAAUGGGAAUUGUUUUUUCCUCUUAAAGAAGCGAUGGAAGAGAAGGAUUUACUUCUGGGACACUGUUGGCACAAUGAUGCAAUGCAGCAGAUGGAGAAACUCCCGCUGUCGAGUCCAACAGAAUUAAACAAGUCCAUCCAAGUGCUUUACAGAUCUGUGAUUUUAUUUUUUUAGAUGGAUUCGUUUCUUCAGCUGAUUUUAUUUCUUUUUUCUUUUGUGUGAUAGAGGAGAAAGUAUAUACUUUCUCAGUAAUUAUUGCUCAUCAUCACAUAUUCCCCAUUUAUUCAUUCCUAUUCAUAUUAUUAAAUAUGAUCAAUGAUUUAAUAUAUUUGGAUUAUUUAUUAUUGUCAGAAUAUGUGAAGAUUAAUUUGACUGUUUGGAUGUAAAGAAUUUAAUCAUUUUCUCAAACCUUUUUUGUUAAGAUUUUUAAAUUUCUGAAUCUAUUUAGAUUGACAUUUAAGCUCGUGUUUGUUGAGGGGGCAAAGACGCCCCCUUGUGUUCAUACGUAAACAAUCCCCUCUUUAUUUUUCCUGACAAAAGAGAUCAGUCAUGUCAAAUAUUUUUUCAUCUAUGCAAAUGUAUUUUUGAUAUAUGGAAUAAAUUUGUAUUGAUUUGUA